GUAAUGUUACGAACGCUUUUAAGUGGCGCGGGUCGUCCUAAUUCCUGUCGACUUUGUUUUAUGUACGGACGAUACAAGUACCGAAGUUUUCAAUCAGUCCGACUCUGCUCCAAUCUGGCCGACAAGCUGGAAGUUUUGUCCGAGUUCUCAUGUCACAUUCAACCCGUGUCCGGAACAGAAAUAUCUUCGCCUGGACAACUAACAAAGCCGGAUAACCGUCAAAUCUUAAAUGUUUUUGAUCAGUUUCGUAAAAAUGAGUUGGUGGCCGAGCUAGCCUACGAACAAGGAAUGUCCGAUAAAAUAUUCACAACGUGUCUGAAAAAAUUCCAAAGCUAUUUGACCGAUUCGACUGUCCUUCCUGAAGAUAUUAAUUUCAUUUUAAAUGACAUUGUUGCCGGGUACAGAUCGCCUGAUGACAUUUUCCCCUACUUCCUUCAGCACAGCAAACGAAUUUACCCCGUUUUGAGCUGCUUUUCCGAUUUGCAGAAGAUCACCAAUUUAACAAAUCCCGCCAACUGGUACCCCAAGGCGCGUGAAAUGAAGCGCAAAGUCAUUUUUCACGCCGGUCCAACUAAUUCUGGCAAAACAUACGGCGCUGUUCAGUCCUUUUACGCAUCGGAAAAAGCACUGUACGCGGCGCCUCUAAGAUUGCUUGCAACUGAAAUCUACAUGAAAUGUGGCGAUAGGGACAUCAAUUGUGAUCUGAUCACAGGCGAAGACCAACGAUUCGUGAACGCUGACAGAUCUUCAUGCGGGCACACAGCAUGUACAGUUGAAAUGGUAAACGUGAACGAAACCUAUGACUCUGUUGUCAUAGAUGAAAUUCAAAUGUUGAAAGAUGAGCAAAGGGGUUACGCCUGGACACGUGCACUCCUAGGAGCUGCCACGAAAGAGCUGCACGUUUGUGGGGAACCGGCAGCCGUGAAUUUAGUUCGGGAUUUAGUUGAGACUUGUGGUGAUGAGUUUGAGGUGCAUGAUUAUGAGAGAUUAACCCCUCUGUGUUUCGAAGACAGGGCCUUGGAAUCCUGGAGCGAGGUUCAAAAAGGCGAUUGUAUCAUUGCGUUUGGACGGAAUGCACGAUUCGCGAUAUCAGCUCAGUUGGAUAAAUUAGGAGUCAAGUAUGCCACCAUAUACGGAGCGUUGCCCCCGAAGACGAAAAUAGAGCAAGCGAAAGCAUUCAACGAUCCGGAUUCAGGAGUUGACGUUCUAGUUGCAUCCGAUGCCAUUGGCCUGGGAUUGAAUCUCGAAAUCAGACGCAUAAUCUUCAGUCAAGUAGUUAAAGCAAACAGAGAGUUGCCGUCUGGAAUCAUGAAAAGUGAAAAGAUUCCUCAAGCAUUAGCCAAUCAAAUCGCAGGUCGAGCCGGUCGAUUCGGAAGUGCCUAUGAUUUUGGCCAUGUUACCGCCUUUGGCCAUAAAAACCUGAAAACAUUGAAGGAAAUCGCUGGCGGUCCCGUUGAAGCUAUCAAAAAAGCAGGAAUUGCGCCAACGGCUGAACAAAUUCAAUUGUUUGCGUAUCAUCUACCUGAGUAUAGUUUGAAGCAAUUGCUUGAAAUAUUCAAUCGUUUAGCUCAAACAGACGAGAACUUCUUUGCGUGUCCGUCCUUUGAGUUCAAAGAUAUCGCGCAGCUUCUUGAAGACAUUGACAUGUCGUUAAUUGACAAGUAUACGUUUUGUCUUGCACCCAGCAACGUCGGCAAAUCGGCUUUUGAAGCGAGUAUGAUGCUGAAGUACGCAAAAUACUACAGUAAAGGAAGACCCGUUCGUGUGGGCAGCAUUAAAAACUGGAUCAGAUGGCCAAUACAGGUCCCGCAGAACCGAGGUGCGCUGGAAAGUUUGGAAAAUGUAGUGUCGAGUCUUGAAGUUUAUCUUUGGCUGAGUUUCAAGUUUCCUUCCAUUUUUGACGACUACAGCGCUGUUGUUGAUUUGACCAACGAUGUCUCCAAACUGAUCGAUAAGGGACUGGAAAAACUGAAACUUUGCAAAAUUUCGAUGCCGGUUGUGGAGAAGAAAGGAGCAUUUGUUGCCCGUGCUGAGAAGCUCAAAAAACCUCGAGCUGUUAAAUCAGCUUUGCAAACUUUACAGGCUGAAUUAAAAGAAAAAUCUGGGAAUAACAAACUAGACGGAAACGAUCAAGCUGCUGUUAUAGUAGAAAAUCAAACAGAUAGUCUUUCGAAGGUGAUCGGAAGCAGGGUUGGUUAUUCCAAGCAAAACCGAAUGAGUAAAUGGUCUGAGGAUGAUGCACAGAUUCUAGAACCUCAUAAUUUUCAGGACAUUGAAACUACUAAAAGUAACCUAUCGAUUGAAAAGUUUCAGGACAAUUACGGAGUUUUAAACGCAAACAAAGUCAGGAGUUUUCAUUGUGGCGAUCCUCCCAGAAUCUUCGGACGCAUUCGACGAACGAACGCCAAAUAUCUACAGCAUGAUCUGAAAGCACUCCAAUAUUACAUGAUGGGCCAACCUGGUCUUCUCAGAGAAAGAGUGGAUUUAAUCUUGCAGCUCGCACUGCAAGAUCAAAUGGAUAAAUCACAGUUUAUCAAAACUCUUGCAAGAUGGCAUUCAAUUGAGCUGCUCACAUGGUUUAUGUUUCGGUACCCCCAGUUGAAAUGCAAAUAUGAGGAAGUGCUGCAGAAGAAACAAAAGUUUGAAGCUGUUUUGGAAUCAUUUGUCGGCAGUAUGUACUUCGAGCAUUUUAAACUACUCGACAGUGAAAGCAAGCCAGCGAGUCAUUCCGGUGGGUCUCAUCUUUUAGGUUACUGUCUCAAGAAAAGCAGAUUUUUAUUGGAUCAAUACAACAGCUCUGGCUUUUUGGACACUGAGGGGUAUUAUUUCGAUCGAAACUGGUUUGAAGCAAUGCUUUCAAAGACACUUCAUGAUCCUAGGUGCAAAAAUGGAUCUUCGAUUGACGAUGCGUUUCAGUUUUUGAAAGUGUUAAACAAGAAUGCUUAUUAUCUGUUUCCAGAGUGCGAGCCGGAAAACUUGAUAAAACUGGAAAACGAAGUCAGGGAGAUGUAUUCUGCUAUGCAACGAAAUUAUAUUGCAUCUGAGCUUCAUCGUUACACUGACAAACCAUCUGAUCAAUUAGACGACGUUGAAUUGGCAGAAAGUGGAGGUGCUCGUGGUCGGUUGCUUCCUAUAGGCGAAUACCAGAGUGAUAGCAUUCGAGAGUCCAAGUCUUUGGAGGACUUGGAGGACAUAGACAAAAUUGCCUCGGAAGUGUUCAGUAGAAAAAAUCCCUCCCGUGUUUUUGACAGCAUCAAGUUUCAAAUUAUAUCAAUGAUGAGUCAUUUAGUUCAUGCUAUGCAAAAUUGUCUGUUGUGCAUGCCUGAUCAGUUUAAGAAAUCGGUUGAAAUUGCUUUGAAAAUAGACACUGACAGACCUCCGAAUACAAAUGGAAGAUUGAGAAGGUUUUUGUUGUGGUGGCACCGAUAUGAAUUAAUGCUUUGGUUUAUGAAGCGGUAUCCCAAACAUAGUUUCAAGGCACUUGAGCUAAAACAAAAACAGCAUGAGUUAGAAACGCUUGUUCAACCGUAUGUCCCUGAGAACUAUUUCGAAAAAUUCAGAGUCAAUGAUGACUCGGUAACAGCAUCGGCAAACGAAAAUGGAUCUCACCUGCUAGGCUCGUGCCUGAAAAGAAGUCGUCAAUAUUUUCAGUUCUAUGAAAGCGCAGAUGAAGUUUCUAGAAAAUCAAUGGCGACUGCCUUCUCAAAUGAAUGGAUGGAAGAAAAACUCAAGAAAACUUUGAAAAAUCCGCCCAAUUGUUCAACCCGAGAAGCUGUUUCAGAGUCUAUAGAGUUCUUGAAGGUUUUGAAUAAAUUUGCAUACUUCGUGUUUCCGAAAUCGGAUCCGAUAAAUUUGAAGCAGAUUGAAAAUAGACUUCUGGAAGUAGAAGCUACACGUAAAAACGAAUAUUCCAUUUCGGAAGAAACGGUUAUUAAACCAGAAAAUGUGAACGAAGUGGUUCAAUCUUUGCCAAUAUUGCGUCGCAUUUCGUCUUUUUUCGUAUCGAAGUUCGGCGGAAAAAUCUCCGAGAGCGAAAAGCAGAGUUCUAGAAUUGAUUGUUCAUUGAACGAGAAGAACGAGGAAUCUACGCGUUCAAAAAGAGUCUCUAAAAGGCGCCGGAGAGCUAAGAGAGACAGAGGAAACCAGAAAUUUAAAUCAAGACCUUGAAAACUGUCCUUCGAAAUUUAACUGUCAAAUUUGAAUGUUUUUCAAAAAUUGCCUCUGAUUGUAUGUGAGAUUGCUGUGGUCGCAAGUUUCACCACAAAAAUGACAAGCAUUUGUGAAGUUCUGUAUUCGACGUUUAAAAGAUUAGAAAUUUUGGAUCUCUUCAAAUUUUUCCCUCCUUUUGCAAAAGGGGGGAUAUUCUUUAAUAGGUAUGAAAUUCGCAUGCUUAACCGUUGAAUUAUUUCAUUAUAGGGGUGGCAAUUUGUUACUACGAACCAAAGGGGGGGAAUAGAUCAAGAGAUCCGAAACUUCAUAAUAAUUUGGUUCAAUUCAAUCAAUUAAAAUGCUUUCAUUUCAAUUUGUCUCAUUAGACUUUUCUCAAAUAAUAGUGAGUUUCUUAUAAUGACUGAACAUAUAGUAAAUUUGCCAAACCAACAGAUUCGAAAAUUGAUAUAAA